UCUGCAUAAAUUCUCCAAGCAGGGGUCAGCCUAACUAAAUUGCAGUUUUGAGCUACAACAGAUCUUGAAAGCACCAACGCCCUAGUUGGGGCUGCCUUUCCUGCUUGUUUGUGCAAGUAAGAAAGUGCUUGAUACUUGGAGCUCUUCCCCACACUCCUGUGGAUCCGCUUCCACUUAUCCCUUCUCCCUUCUGUCCCCUCCUGUUUGGAAGAGACAUCUGCUAUUUUAAUGAAAGCAUGGAACGAAGCACUUGCCGUAAGCCCGGCGGAGCUCGACCAGAUGUUUCACAGUGCAAGAAGCUAGGUAACGGAACAAAGGUUACAAAAGAGACCUGCAGAGGUGAAAGUGAGGUUUCACAAGGCAAGUUCACAAAUUUGGAUGGAACCAAGAUGGAACAAUUCGUGAAAUCUGUGGAAGAGAAACUUAGAAGUGAAAUGAAUGCCCUAUAUAAAGGUAUGCUGACACAUGUACAGUUUUUGGAAGAAAGCCUCAGAGGUGAAAGUGAGGCUUCACAGGGCAAGCUCACAAAUUUGGAUGGAACCAAGAUGGAACAAUUCGCGAACUCUGUGGAAGACAAUCUUAGAAGUGAAACGAAAGCUCUAUAUGAAGGUAUGGGGAAACAUCCAUGGUUUUUGGAAAAAAGCUUCAGAAGUAAAAUGAAUGAUCUAUCUGAAGGUAUGCGGAACCACCUACAGUUUUUGAAAGAAAUACUCAGAGGUGAAAGUGAGGCUCCACAGGGCAAGCUCACAAAUUUGGAUAGAACCAAAAUGGAACAAUUGGUGAACUCUGUGAAAAACAAUCUUAGUGAAAUGAAUGAUCAAUUAGAAGAUAUGCUGAAACACCUACAGUUUUUGAAAGAAAGAUUCAGUACAUCUGUGCCCUACAGAGGAGAAAGUGAGGCUCCACAAGGCAAGCUCACAAAUUUGGAUGGAACCAAGAUGGAACAAUUCGUGAACUCUGUGGAAGACAAACUUAGAAGUGAAAUGAAUGAUCAGUUAGAAGAUAUGCUGAAACACCUACAGUUUUUGAAAGAAAGAUUCAGAGGUGAAAGUGAGGCUCCACAGGGCAAGCUCACAAAUUUGGAUAGAACCAAAAUGGAACAAUUGGUGAACUCUGUGAAAAACAAUCUUAGAAGUGAAAUGAGCACUCUAUAUGAAGAUAUGGGGAAAUACCUACAGUUUUUGAAAGAAAGACUCAGUCAGGAAGCAGGAAGCAGGAUUGAUUCCUGUUGUUCCAGAUCACAGAAGGCCACCAGCAAGAGUCAGUGCUUCGCUCAGCAGGAGCUUCCCAAAAUGGUCAGCGCAGAAGAGUUUCAUCAGAAGGAAGAAGAAUGUGAAAAGCUGAAGGAACAGAAGAGAGUCUUGGAGCAAAAAUUGGACCUUGUCUUGGCCAAUGCAAUGAGAAGCCAUAAGUUCUCUGAGAACUUGAAUGACCCCUGUCGAUUAUCAGCUGUGUUGGAGAUGUACGACAGGCUCAGGAUACAUGAAUGGGAGAAAGCCAAAUGUGCUGCAAGUGUCUCCACCUUUCCAAUGACGUAUGAAAAAGGUAGCACGAUAAUUAAGGCUGUGUUUUCCAUAUGUGAAGAAGAGCUGUCACAAAGACUGGAGCGAAUUUUUGAACUCCUUGAGAUUCCAGUUUUGAAGAAAACCACAAGCCUCUUUGACAGCCAACAGCUGCCCCCUGGGCUGGCAAGAGAGAUAAAGAAUCACCUUAAACAUCUCUAUUUUAACUAUGGAGAAGACUUCUAUCAAGCCAAGAGUAGGCCUUCACUUCCUCCUGAUCUACAGAAGUUUCAGCCACUGGUACAUUUCACAGCAGAGUGCUACAAAAUUUACUGUUUGUUGCUUCUUCAGAACCCGCCCAUUAAAGCUGUGUGGCCCACAGAGGAAAGAAUCCCAAUCUCUUGCAUACAGCAUGUGGACAAUAAAAACGUGGAGGAUAGGAUGUCAUUAAACUUUCUGUGGCCCGUGCUGGCACGUGGGAGACUAGUAUUUAAGAAAGCUGUAAUCUACGAUUAAAUGGAAUGGUUGUUUGGAAUCUGAUUAUACCUCUGUGAUAUAAAACAAUAAAAAAAAUAGUGAAAGAGCAGCCUUGCAGUAUGUGUCUUUUUUUAUUCAGGAAAUGCUCAGGUUUUAGCUCUUGUAGCAUAUACUCCUGGAAGGGGAUGUGACAUAGAGACCACUGGUGCCUGCUGGCAAAGAGUUCACUGCUUUAUAGCAGCAAAUCCUAACAGGCUUGACAAGCACAUUAUACCUUGCACACAGCUUUCAUAGUAGUUAUCUAUAAAGAAUGCCAUGAGAGGUCUCAAAACCAUGGUCAUGUUGGUCAUUAAUAGGAUUGUGAAAUGUAUGUACAGAUAUUAUGUGCGGGGUUAUAAGCCUGUACGUGAAAUAUGUUUAGAUUUGAUAUCAAGGUAUGAGUCACCAACCAAAGAGAAAGGCAGGUUUUCUUCCAAACAGGAGAUAAUAUGCGUCUCUCUCUGCCAAAAUGUAAAUUCAGAUUGUAAGUUAACACAAUGGAAUCCCCAUCUACACAGGAAGUCAACAGAGCCAGGGGAAGUCAAUAGAGAAGAGCACACUGGAAAAAACAAGUAAUGGGGGAGUGAUAGCACCCCUGACUAGAGACAAUGAACUUUGGGAGAUAUAGGAAGAAGACAAAAAGACACCAUUUUAUCCUGCACCUAGGAAGUAAAUGAACAGUGGUUUACAUUUGUGAAAACAGGAUCUCAACUAACCUUGGCUGAAACACUGCAAAAAAGACUUUGCGUAAAAUAAACAUCUUUAGAAAGGGGUUUGGCUUGUGAAGUUAAGAUGAGUCUCUAGAAAGCAUGUAUUCAUUUUCUUGUACAUGUAUUAUGGUUUGGUUGCUCAUUUCUGUUCCCCUCAUUACACCUUUCUACUCCUGGAAUGCCAAGCAUGGACACAAUAUUAUCCACUUAAACUGACCUAUUCACUUCUGCAUCUAACUUUGGACUCUCCAAGAUACCCAUCUUCAAAUUAUCUAGCAUCUCAGCUUAGAAUUAUAAAACAGGACAAGAGUACAAUUUCCAAGCCAACAUAAUGUACUAUUUAAUAUGGUGUAACAUGCCUUGGUUAAUAAAACAAAAAAAAAUGAAAAUAAAGAGGCUGAAGGUUAA